AUGGAGAGCUUCAAAGGCUUUAUUAAGGGAACAGGGGAAAAUAUUUGUCAAGAUGGGCGAGGGGGUCGCGGCAUUGGGUGCCCACUGGCGCCGAUCCGCCUCAUCCUGCCUCCUCCGCCGCCGCCGCUCUCAGCCGCCGCCGGAGCGGCCGGGAGAUCGAGGUCGUCGGAGAAUGGGGCCGCGAACCGUCGAGAUUCCUUCGUGACGGCCCAGGCGUCCGGCGAGAUCGUACUCGAGGAGAGGCCGAUUGAAGACCACAUAGAUCUCGAGUCGCAAGUCCUAAGAAACCCUCCGCCAAAGCAUCUCGAUCCAGGCAGCUUCUGGCUCGCCGCUUCGGUCUUCAGCAAGAAGCUUCAGAAAUGGCGAAGGAAGCAGAAGCUGAAGAAGAUGAAAAAGCAACCGAAAGGCAGCGAAAGAGCGGCGCCGACUCUCCAGAAGAGAAACCGACGGCGAGAUCCCGGUGAGGAGGAUCUGGGGCUCCGCCGGUGGUCAGCGCAGACCAAGGACUACUACUCCGAUUCCUCAUCCAGAAGCCGAAGGCGGAGUCUCGACAGAUCGAGGCUCCGUGAAGAGACCCCAGCGUGGAGCAUCUGGGGUUCAUACACCGGCGGAGAGCCAGCGGCAGGAAACGGCAGCGUGGUCGACAGAUCGCUUCAUUCAGAGACCUGGCCGGAGCUGCAGGCAAACGGGUGCCACGCAAGCGGGAGGUUUGCGAGGAGCAACAGCAGCGCGAGCUCGAGGGGUUCGGUCCACUACGGCAAUGCUCAUGGGCUUGGGGGCACGAGGAGGAAUGGUCUGGAGACCAAUGGGAUCGGGAAGAAGAGGGAUGAGUUCGUGUUGGAGAGGAACCGGAGCGCGAGGUAUUCGCCGGGGAACGCCGACAGCGGGAUGCUGAGGUUUUAUUUAACCCCGAUGAGGGGUAGCCGGAGGGGGUCGGGGAAGAGCAAGCCCAACAAUAGUUACCAUUCCUUUGCGAGGAGUGUGCUUCAGUUGUAUUGAUCGCCAAGAAGUGGCUUGUUUCCGGUUCCUGUUCCUGUUCGUUCUGGGUGUAAUUGGAUAUUAAUUAAUUUCUCUGGAUGUUCUUUUGAUGGAUAUAAUGGUAUAAAACCUGCUUUUUAA